AAAAACCGGGUAAUUUCCAAGCACAAGUAGGACACACAAACCUCCUCUUCUAUUUGUGUGUGUAUAACUUUCUUUCACCCCCCCCCCCCUACUGUCUGCCGUAACCCAUCGGAAUCUUCUCCGAUCCGAUCACCGUCGCAUAUUAUUAAUCACCUGCAUUCUCAAUUCGUUUCUUCAUUGUUUGAUACCCCCCCCCACCCACACACACACACCAGUUUUCGACCUUUUGUUUUUAUUUAAUUUUUACACUUUCAAUCUCCGAUCAACUUCGUAAAACCCUAACCCUAAUUUUAUGGCUGCGGUAAACCUCCAGUCCAACGACGGUCCUAGCUCUCCGGCACGUGCGCCGUGGAGUAAGAUCGUGACCGGUGAGAGUUCUGAACCGUCGCCGUCGGCUAUUUAUGAGGAGAUUAUGAACGCGUCUACGGAUUGGUAUCCGUCGGAUAAUACGGUUGAUGAAUCUGUUACCGGGAGUCAGGGUGAGGGCUUUGAAUUGGAUAGUGGUAAUGUGGUUAAGAAACCUGUUUGGAGUAAACCGUUAAACGGUGUCGUUGAGGUGGUUAGUCCGGUUAUGGGGGCGGUUUGUUGGCCUGCUUUGGGUGACUCUACUAAGGCUUCUGUUAAGUCGGCUUCUUCGGAAUCGUUGAAUAGUCUUUCUGAUGGAUCAUUGAUGCCUGCAGUGCAGGUGAGUGGGAAUUCGUUGUCUUCGUCGCAUAAACCGGCUAGUGUGAAUCCUGCUUCGACUCCAAACCAUGUAGCACAUACCGGGCCGAGGUCUGUGAAGCGAGGUGGCGGGAGUUCAGGUGCAAAUUUAUCAUCAAAUGGAGGGGUUUCAGAAUCUGAGUCGCUUCGUAAUGCAUCCGGAAAACAUGAUGCUGUUGGAAUGGAUUCGGUCCCGAAGGAUGAAACAUACAAGGGAUCGCCAAGAGGUGGGUUUGGAUCACAACCAAACAGUGGUAAUGAGCAUCACUAUCAGCAGAAUUCAUAUAGGAGAGGCAAUGGUGGGCCGACUUCACGUGGUGGAGGUUCUUACCAGCAUAAUAAUUAUGGAGGCAAACUGGAACAGGGUCAUAGAAACUUUAACAACAGGGAUACCAACAUGCAAUAUCAGAGGGGUGGUUACCGCAGGGGCGGUUACAUACGACCCUCUGUACAUAAUCCAACUCCGUUUGUUCAUCCGCCAAUGCGUAUGCCAGUGCCCCCAUUUGGCAACAAUGUUAUGUACCCUGAUGUUGCAUCUGGUAUGAUUUAUUUUCAAGGUCCAGCUCCACCGAUGGUUUCAGGUCCUCCCUACUUUCCGUUUCCACAUCCUUUACAUGGCACCAUAGUGAAACAAAUUGAAUACUAUUUCAGUAAUGAGAAUUUGGUUAAAGAUACAUACUUGCGACGAAACAUGGACGCACAGGGAUGGGUUCCUGUUAACUUAAUAGCAGGCUUCAAGAAAGUUUCGUGUCUGACUGAUAAUGCUCAACUAAUACUUGAUGUAAUGCGGCAAUCAACUGUUGUGGAAGUACAGGGUGACAAGAUGAGGCGGCGAAACGACUGGAUGAGGUGGCUUAUGCCGCCUGCUGUUCAAGAUUCGUUGGCAUCACAGCUUCAGGGUAUCGGGUUGGACAGCAGGCCGUCUUCAGGGGAAUUGAGUAGUCAACUGCAACAAGGUGGCGGUGAACGGGCGGCAGUGGCUUGAUUCAUACGCGAUGAAAAAGAGAGAAAUAUAUAUUACAAAACACAAUAUUUUUGAAAAGGAGACGACCUCGAUGAUGAUGCGGGAUAUCUAGGAUUUCUAUGGAGAUUCACUGGUAGAUGGAAAUGAUGUUUUGAGAGGCACAUUAAACACACAAAAACCACAAAAAAAUUAAAUAAGAAAACCCCAAAAAAAA